AUGUUACUUACAGCAACAUGUACUCGAUCAGAAGUAGAUGAAAUUCUCACAAAUCUGACUAUUAAAAAUGACAAAUUCACUUUAGUUCGUGAUUCUACAAGUCAUCGAUCAGAAAUAAUUUUUAAUGUAAAUGAACGAAAAGAAAUUCAUAAUCAAUAUAUUACUAACAUUGUAGAUAUAAUAAAAAGAUAUUUACCUGGACGUUUUAUUAUAUAUUGUGCAACACAUUCCAACUGUGAGCGCUUGUAUAAUAAAUUACAGGAAAAUUUAACAAAUAUUUCAGUGGGAUAUUUUCAUGGUGGUUUGCGUGAUGAUGAGAGAAAAAUAACAAUGAAUAAUUGGAAAUAUAACCAUAUACAAGUAAUGGUUGCAACAUCUGCAUUUGGAAUGGGGAUUAAUUCAAAUGAUAUACGUGCAGUUAUUCAUGCGGAAGCACCAAUGAGCAUGACUAAUCUUAUUCAAGAAGCUGAGCGUGCAGGACGUGAUGGAAACACUGCGAUACAUGUUAUAUUUUUUAGUAAAAAAGAUAUUCGCACAAAUUAUUCAAUAAUAGCAGAAUAUCGAGACACGUAA